AUGUCAAAUCCCGCUGAAACCCCCUCUCAGGGGCUCGAACAUACUCUUGGGCGCCAAUUUCGCUGGUAUAACAUCGUCAUGAUAUUUGCAAUGAGUAUGGGUUCGAUCCUCAUUGGUUAUGCGAAUUCUGUGAUUGGAACCGCACUCGCGCAGCCAUCUUUCAUCCUAUCGAUGGGUUUGGAUCAUAAAAGCAACGCAAAGGAACUCAUUGGCAUGACAAAUUCUUUAUUUCAGACCGGAGGAGUCAUCGGAUGUCUUUUGACACCCACAAUUUGCGACCACUGGGGUCGACGUUUAGGUAUUGCAGCUCCAACUCUUCUUGCGAUCAUCGCCUCUGCAUGUCUCGCUGGGAGUACGAAUAUCGAAAUGUUUAUCGCUUUCCGCUUCAUCUGCGGUGUAGCUGUCUUUUCUAUCAAUUCAGCGAUCCCAGUAUGGAUGACGGAGGUUGCUCCUCCAAGCAAGAGGGGAACAUUCGUCGAUAUCCACAACUUUUCGAUCAUGAUCGGUUACGCAGCAGCAACUUGGACGGGAAUCGGAUUCUAUCACGUCAAUACUUCCAACAACACUCAGUGGAGAGCACAAUUUGCUUUUAAUUGUCUCCCUGGUCUCCUUCUCUUGAUAUUCCUGAUUUGGAUUCCUGAAUCACCAAGAUGGCUUACAAUUCGGGGUCAUGUAGACGAGGCGCAGAAGGUCCUGCAAAGACUACACACACCUGCUGAAGCAAGUGUAGAGCUUAUUCAAAUUCAACAGCAAAUGGAGGUUGAACGAGAACUACGCAACUCAUACUGGGCGAUCGUUACCACGCCAUCAUAUCGCAAACGAGCUCUCAUGGCAGCGGGAACAACGCUUUCUGUACAGAUGGCAGCUCCACUCGUGAUGAACAAUUAUGGCCCGACUUUAUACGCAACCCUUGGGUUUGACACGAAUCAACAACUGCUCUACGCCGGUGGUUGGAUCUUGACCGCUAUGGGAGGAGCAUUAGGACUAUUCCUCUAUGCAGAUAAAGUCCCCCGUCCAGUACUAUUGUCUGGAGGACUCUUAAUUUGCGAGGUCUGCUUUUCCAUCGAAGCGGCUCUUAUUGCCAAAUACGCCACCACGGCGGAAUCGCUAGCAAAUCCCAAUGCUUCAGCAUUAAAGGCUGCUGUUGCUGUGAUUUAUGUCUAUAUUCUGCUAUUCGAGCUAUCGCUUGGUGGAACACAGUUCGUAUACUGCUCAGAAAUUUUUCCAACCCACCUUCGAACCAAGGGAAUGGCUAUCUCUAUUGCUGCACAGAGCGCAAUCAACAUACUAUGGUUGCAAGUGGCACCCGUCGCAUUUUCCACCAUUGGUUGGAAAUUCUUCCUUUGCUUCAUCUGCCCAGGAACGCUUGCAUCUAUCCUCAUAUACUUGGUCUUUCCAGACACCUUAGGUGUACCUCUCGAGGCAAUCAAUGAACUCUUUGGCGACACCACCGUGGCAGCAUCCUCAUGCGAUAGCCUCCGAGCAGAGGACGGUGCACCUACGGACCAGGAAAGACAUAGCAAAGAUACCGGCUAUACUCAUGUUGAAGUUCAUUGA